GCUCAGGGUCAUGAGCUGACCCGGCCGCGCGCGCCACAGCCACCACCGCCGCCACACGCAACAGCGAAUCGCGUCAGCCACCACCGUCGUCGCUGCUGCUGCCGCCGACGCCGCCGCCGCCGCCGCCGCCGCCGGGUCGUCGUCACUUCGGCUGUCAACCCGACGACGAUACGGCCGCGGUUGCCACCGUCGUCGCCACCGACGCUGCCGCCUCCUCCUCCUUAGUCGACCACGUGUGCCAAUUAGUCACACAGCAGUGAUGUUAAGCCCGAAGAUGCAAAGAUGUGUCCGGGUGGUAGACAAUCAGCUCCUGAUGUUGUCAGACCGUGCCCGUACAGAUAGUACACUCACCGGAAAUCUCCAUAAAAAAGCGUCAGACAGCGGAAGGUGGAAGAACCGAUAUUUUGUUCUAUACCAGAAUAUAUUGUUCUACUACGACUACGAGAGCUGUAAUAAGCCGUCCGGAGUGAUACUGUUGGAGGGCAGUUAUUGCUCGAAAUUAGAUUUUUCUAGCGGUACGUCGAAAGUCACUGGGAAAAUUCAUCCGGAAAAUGAGCACUGUUUCGUCAUUUCAUACAACCAUCCUCAAAUGCGGCAGUACGAGUUCCGCGCGUCGUCAGAUACGGCUUGCAAGACUUGGGUGAACGCUUUGAAGCAAGCCAGUUUCAAUAAAUUGCUGCUACAAAAAGAAGAGCUCGAACAACGGCACUUGCAUUUGCUACAGGUCGUCGAGAGCGAAAUGACUGCAAAAUGGCAAUACGCACAACAGGUCGAUGAAUCAGCCUCAGAAAUCAAAAAACUACGCGCAGAAGUGUUAACAUUAAAGAAGGAGCUGCGACCGUUAACAUCGUACGGCGGGUCAAGUACUGGGUCGUUCGACGGUGGAACGACGGGCUCGUAUUCGCGAAGACAAUCCAAAGACAGCUUUAUAUUCUCGGACCCGACCACUUUCAACGUCCAGGACUCGAUCGAAAUGCGCAAAAUCAAGAAAGUGCAGAGUUUCUUUAGGGGAUGGUUGUGCAGAAGACGGUGGAAACAAAUCGUCGAACAGUACAUCAAAAGUCCUCAUGCCGAGAGUAUGCGCAAAAGAAACAGCCUGGUUUUUCGUAUGGUCGAAGCCGAGGAAGAGUACGUGAGUCAACUGGAGGUGUUGGUCACGUGUUUCCUGCGCCCUUUACGGAUGGCGGCCAGCUCAAAAAAGCCGCCGUGUUCUCACGAAGACAUAAGUUCGAUAUUCCUGAACAGCGAAACAGUGCUGUUCCUGCACCAGAUAUUCUACAAAGGGUUAACGACCAGAAUGGAAAAUUGGCCCACUCUAAUCCUAAGUGAUCUCUUUGACAUACUACUGCCUAUGUUGACAAUCUACCAGGAAUAUGUAAGAAACCAUCAUUACAGUUUGCAAGUGUUAACCGAAUGCAAACAAAACCCGGCGUUUGUUAACCUUUUGGAACGGCUGGAAAACAAACCAGCAUGUCAUGCACGAUCAUUAGAAAACUUUCUAAUAGUACCAAUGCAUCAGAUUCCUAGAUACAUAAUAACUCUUCAUGAAAUAUUAGCCCAUACACCUCACGACCACGUGGAAAGAAAAAGUUUACAAACAGCAUGUCAAAAACUGGAAGACUUAAGCCGACAAAUUCAUGACGAAGUUAGCGAAACUGAAAAUUUACGAAAAAACCUUUCCAUCGAACGAAUGAUUAUAGAAGGCUGUGAUAUUUUACUGGACGUCAAUCAGAUAUUUGUCAGACAGGGUACUCUGGUACAAAUGCCAAUAGCAAGAAAAAAGAGCAGAAUACCCCAUUUCAAAACUGAAAAAGAAGCAGUAAGACAAUGCUUUCUAUUUACAAACCAUAUGAUAAUCACAACUAGAACUACUAGUGGAAAAUUACAUUUGGCUCCCGAAGUUGGGAAAAUAUCUUUAGCAGACUGUCGUUUAAUAGAGGACCCUAAUGAUAAAGAGGACGAUAAUAAUAAUCCAGGAGAAUUGGAAAUUCCAGAUGGAAACAACGAAGCUGACGAUUCAGCGGGUACCAGCCAUUCAAGUGAUGUUGAGAAUAGCGAUUGUGAAGGCUUAAAAUGCUCAUCUAGCCCAAGUCCGAGUCCUAGUCCAAAACCACAAAAUUAUGAUUUUCAACUUUGUGUUGAUUGCAAAUCGUCUACGCCGAUCGCAGUUCAUUUGUAUGCACCCUCUUUACAAGAAAAAACCGCGUGGGUCAGUGAUAUUAGUCAAUGUAUUGAAAACUUAAGAUUUGACGCGAUGCUUCGAAAUUCAAUGUCAGAUACGUCUUCUGUGACAAUGCCGAAUUCAAUGCGUGAUCCAAAACUUUUUAAAGAUGACAAGGAUAUCAAAUUUAGUAAAUACUACAAUUCCUGUAGGAUUCCGCGUAUUCACCAUGCCACAAAAGAAAAACUUAUAUCUAGACUCGUUGAUUUGAGAUUUUUAUCAAUAGAUUUUCUAAAUACAUUCCUUCUUACGUAUAGAGUUUUCACUGAUGGAGUUACUAUUUUGGAAGCGUUAAAAAAGGUGUUUUAUAAUAACGAAGUUGACGCUUAUGAAAAUAUCGGUCAACCUAUGAACAACACAUCAUUAGAUCGGAGCGAAUUGCAUAACAAUCAUCAUCUCACCACAGGGGAUAGAGAUAGAAGAUCUAGUGUUAUUUCAUCAAAUCGAAAGAAUAGUGCCGCCAGUUCUGUAUCCGGUUACGGAUCAGAGGUCAGUGAUCGAGAUAGAAGUUCCAGUGUGGAUUAUUGUCCGAGAGGAAGAAAAUACAGUUUUCGAAAAUUGGAAGAAGAAGAAAGAAAAAAUAAAGGAAAAGUGUCGGAAGAAUACAGUUCAACGACUAGUUUAUACCAGCAACCUUCACCGGGACGAAAAGUCAGUAUACUAAUUGAAGACACAGGUGACAGUUGUCAUUUAGCCCCUCCUUCUAUGAGUAAAGCAACUUCAUCAUCUAGUAAUGAGACUCUGACUGGAGAUAACCAACCAACAGUAGUUGCAACAUCUCCAUGUAGCAAUAAUAGUAGUUCAACCUUAGUAGCUGCGACUUCUAACUGUGAAAAAAGUGUUAAUGACAAUAAAAUCAGUAGUUUUCCAAAAGUAUCUACACCAGAACGUAAAAUACAAUCGCCUUCAAAAGGUUUCCCCAUUCACCAUGGACAUGCGAUCAAAUUUGGUUCCAUAAUAUCAGAUGCAGCCAAAGAACUCGUAGAAAAAUUCCAUUCAGAAAAGCAUUUUUCCACUCCACAACCACGUAGAAGAAGUUGGUUCAAUCAUGAUUGUACUCCGACUAUAAGGAAAAAAAGUAUUGGACUUUGUGAGGACGAUAUGGGCGGCACCGAUGAAAACGGGUGGCUCAGUAACUUGCAUAGUGCAUCAUCGUCAAGAUCAGCUUCACUAGCAAAUUCCAGCAUUGCACAGUAUUUCUCUAGAAGAAAAUCAUUUGCAUGCGCUGGAGAUGCUGAUGGCUGUUACAGUGGAAACAUAUCACAGAGAGCUAGCAUGCAACAUGAUAGCCCUCCACUGUCUAGUCGCGUUGGUGUCGUAAUAACGUCAUCGAGACAAUCAAAAAGAAGAACUGGAAGGCCGGAGUUUUGGAGCAGCACGUCUACUGCUGCUGCAGCGUUUGCUAUUGCAACGUCAGCUUCAAGUAAUCCUCGAGAACUCUCUCCAUUGCAUGAUCAAAGAUGUUGUUCAGUAGAACGAAAAAGAAAAGAGUCUGUAAUGUCCACAGCAGCUACGAUGCGGGUGUUAAAUGUCUUAAAACAUUGGAUAUCAAAACACCCACAAGAUUUCGAAAAUGAAACACGCCUUAAGAACAUGACUAUAGACUUUUUGGAAGAUAUACUCUUCAGUCCUAAUCUUUUACCAGCUGAGCACAAAAUAGCUGGACAAUUACUUAGAUUACUCACAAUGGACGAAACAAAAAAACCUACUGUUGAUCUAAGCUUGCUAUUGACUCCGUCUCAGAUUCCUAGUUCUGAAAAUAUUGAUACAUUAUCUGCACUAGAAAUUGCUGAACAAAUGACUUAUAUUGACCAUCAAAUAUUUAUAAGAAUCCAAAGCCAGGAAUUUUUCGGUCGUGCUUGGAUGAAAGACGACAAAAAUAUCAAAGCGCCUCACAUUAUUUUAAUGACCAAGAGAUUCAACGAGUUGUCGCAACUGGUCGCUUCGGAAAUAAUGCGUAAGAACAAUGUGGCCGCGAGAGUGAUAACAAUAGAAAAGUGGGCCGCAGUAGCUGACAUAUCCAGAUGUUUGCAUAAUUUUAACGGAGUUCUUCAAAUAUGUUCUGCUUUUACUAAUAGUUCAGUGUUCAGAUUGAAAAAAACGUGGGAGAAAGUUUCAAAAGCUACAAAAUUGUCAGUACAAAAACUUCAGAUAAUUGUCUCAUCUGACGGAAGAUUCAGAAACCUUCGUGAAGCUUUGCAUAGAUGCGAUCCACCAUGUAUUCCGUAUUUAGGAAUGUACCUAAGUGAUCUGUCGUUUUUAGAAGAAGGGACACCAAGUUUGGCGGACGACGGUUUACUAAACUUUUCAAAAUUACGUAUGAUCGCUCACGUGGUACAGGAAAUCCGCCGGUUUCAGCAGACCCCGUACAAGAUCGACUUCCACCCUAGGGUUGCUAACUACCUGUUGGAUACGUCGCUGCUGAUGAACGAGGACGAGCUGUACACCAGGUCCCUGGAGAUCGAACCCCGGCCGUCUCGGCUCAGCAUCACGACGCUGUCGAACUCGCCACAUCACGGCGGCAGCAGCCAAUGACGGCGGUUUAGCGCCAAGAGGAAUCAGAGCACGUGCUUUAAGUGAACAAUCGAUGCGACUGGCAUCCACCUGUAGGCGACGGCGGCGAGCGAUAGCGACUAUUAAAUAUAAUAGUAAUAUAAUAAUAGUAAUAAUAAAUUAUAAUAAUUGUCUUUGGUAUCAUUACCGUAUGUCACUGUAUUAGUCGGGUCACUUUAAGUUGGGUCGAAGGUGCUGCAGAGGUAGAAAGAGGAUUUGUUUUCUCGUCUUCGAUGACAAUCGUUUCCCAUCAUCCUCCACGGUCACAACUGUUUUCUUACCGCCCCGCCGCCGCCGCCGCUCGCCUCGCUCGGAAGGAAUAUUAUUAUUAAUACGCUGCCAAUGGCGAGAAAAUGAUCAGUGAAUACGAUAUUAUAUUAAAUUAACGUCCUUCCGGCGGGCCGUCCCGCUCAGUUUACGUGCACAACGAGUAGGUAGGUAGGUAGUAGGUACCUAUAUACACAUUUCCGCUUGGCCCCGCUGGCACUACUACGCCACCGCUAUCAGCUACUUAAAUUUUUAUGCGUAAUAUAAUCGAAUGUAGUACACUUUGCGUGAAUUCAACGUUGAUCUAUAUCGUUGUUACAUACUAAUUCAAUUUUUUCCGUCUUAAGCGGUUUUUUUUUCUUCGAAUUUUUUUAAUAAUUUUGUCUUCCAGACUUUUCGAAAAACGACUGGGCGCUGCAAUAGCGACGGCAUAGGUCGUUGUUAUACGUCGUACUCUAACAAUAUUAUUGUGCCACAUUGGCAUUUUUACCCGAAUCUUAGGAUUCUCUUUUUUUUAUAUAUAUAUUAUACUAUACAUGGGCUUUCGAGCGUAGUUACUUAUCGUACGUUAUGCGAUUCAAAUAUAUUAUAAAAAAAAAACAACACGUACAAACGUAUAGGUGGUAUACGUUGUUUCGGUACUAUUUCAUUACAUAAUCAUUUUAUUACUAAGUUAUUUUUACUAUGUAUUAAUUUUACACUAUGCAUUCUGUUAUUCUAUUAUCUGUACUGUUUGCCCUACGGGCAAAAUCAUCGUUUACGAUGAAAAUAAAUAGCUAUAAAAAGUUGUGACAGCUAUACGAUUAUAAGGUAUAAUAUACGAUGAUAAUCGAUUGUCGAGAUGAAUUUUAUAAACAUUAUCGGAAAAAAUAUCCUUACCUGUCUCGCCCCGUUGAUGACGUCGAAAACAAAACGCGGUUGAAACGGAAAGACAAAAAUAAAAAUUUAUCGUACUGAACAAUCAAAAUAUAAUAUUAGAUAGUAGUGUAAUUUAUCAUAGGUACUUAAUGUAAUAGAAUAUAGUGUGCAACACAUCGUUUCCGUGUUCCAAUUCGGCUUCGAUUAAUAUAUUUCGUUCCUCGUCCAUCCGAUAGUAACCUUCCUAUGCCUCCGGUAGACGGUAGUGGGACACCGUACCAAUAGGUCGAUGCGGAAUUAGAUUUUUAUAAACAGCGUCAUAUUAUUAUUAUACACAAAUCAAAAAUAUGCGCUGCCCUUUUCGCAGUUUUUGCUCAGACAAUAUUAAAAAAAAAAAAAAAAAUUUAUUUUCAACCCGAAUUGCCGCCCUACACCUUUCGAUUGAUUUUAAUAAAAUGACAGAUUGUGUGUGCGUAUUUUCAAUUUAUAUACUAAGUUACCUAUACGUAGGUAAGUAUGUGUUGUAUCGUUAAAGGUAUAUAAUAUAUAUUUUGUUUUGAGAGUAUUAAUAAUAAUUAUUAAUUAAUUUGUAAGGAAAUGCGUUUUGUUUUAUUUUAUUCGUUCGUGCAGUCAUUUGUCGGUGGGUGUACGAAAGUUUAACGGUUAUUGCGGAUAUCGGUUUUCGCCUUGAACCUGCAAAUAUAGAAGAAAUAUUAUGAAACGCCGAGUGAUGAUGAAAAUCAUCUUUUUUUUUCUAACGAUAAGUUGCAAUAUUAUAAGACAUAAGAUGUCCCAACUUUUCCCAAAUUGCCAAAUUUUUCUCAUUAACUAUACGUAACUGAUGAAAUAAAUAUAUGACAAUUUAUUUGUGUGAUACGAGUUUCUUUCAUAUUUACUCUUCUUUUUCUAUAUACUAUCUCUCGCCAUUGCAUUAUAUAUAUAUAUAUAUUUAUAUAUAUGUAUAUUUAAUGUAUUUUAUUUAUUAAAAUAUGUAUGUAAUGUACAUAUACCAAGUUUUUAUUAUAUUAUAUUAUUGUAUUUUAACUAUAAAUGUACUUCAUUCAGUGAUUUUAAUGUAAAUUCGUUAGUUUGUUGAUGUAAUUUUUUCUUAUUUUGUUAUUAAAUAUUUAUUUUCUGUACUAUAGGUGUAACAAUAAUAUUAAGUUUAAACUAUGUAACACGUUCAAACGCCAUAAAAAAAAUGUAUGAUAUUACAUUAUUAUAAUAAAUAUUUAUUUUUCUCAUAAAUGACAAUCACCUAUAGACGCGGUACGACAUACCUAUACAAACAUAAUAUAUGUACUGAUUGAUUAGAUUACAUGGUUUUAAAGGAUAAAUAUAUAUAAAUUAUUGUUACCUAUAUAUAUUAUAAUAAUAUGUUUCAAGAAAAAAUAUGUUUAACGAAUUUUCUUACACUAACAUAUCGUCGGUGGAGUUUGAUCUCUGUUUUAAAGGCUUAAAUUGUAUUAUAUUAUAAUAUUUCAUUAUUAUUAUUAUUAUUAUUAUUAUUAUCAUUAUUGUUCUUAUUAUAGAUUAAUGGACUUAAAUGAAACAAAACUGAAAACUUAAAAAUAUAAUAUGGUAUGCGUAUGGAUGAUGUGUUUCGAUCACUGAAAGGAUUGUGUUUUUGUACAAUUGUACCGUCAUGGGCAUUUUUUAUUACUAGUAGUCAUUAUCGCAAUUUUUAAUUAUUAUUGAUACCGUGAUAUCAAAUAUUUUUUUCGUGCUCUAACUUAAAGAGAUUGUGUGUAAGUGACUGUGUGUGUGUGUGUGUGUGUAUGUGUAAAAGAGAGACCGCCAAUUUAUAACUGUCUGCAAUCAAAAUAGACUUUAAAAUAUGUGCCAAAAUGUUUUUUUCGUGUUGUGAUUUUUCAAAAAACUUCUAAUUCCAUAAAAUAUUAUUAUUAUACUUAUAGGUGCAAGUGAUGAUUUUCACGUGAGAAAAUCAACGCAUUUAUUAAAUUUUCAAGUGUUUAUUAUAUAUAUAUUAUAUAGUAACGUAAUAAUGAUAAUAAUAAUAACAAUAUCGAUUCGUUGUAAGUCUCUAUCGUGUUUUUCCUUUUUUGUGUUCCAUUUAAGUAUGAUUAAAUGCACCCGUUUUGUUUAUUUUUGUUCCAUAAAUCUUAGUAUAUAAUAUUAUUAUAUGUUGUUAAUUAUAUAUAUAUAUAUACAUAUAUUAUAUAAUAAUUAUUGUUGUAUCGAUUUCUUCGUAAAUAUUACGACAAAGAGUUUAUGUCAUUGUUCAAUAAGGUAUUUCGGUUGUUAUUAAAUUUAAUGAACUAUAUACAUUA